CCCUUGCUGUGCCCUGUCCGUAACUCCAGAUUUUGACCCUUAGCUCCAGUCCCAAUUUGGGGGCAGAGGGCUGAGGACAGGACGCCCCAGAAUCAGGAGGCUCCCCUCAGGAGAUAAGAUCCUGCGUCUACAGCAGCUGUCUCUUCAGAAGUCUGGAAAUCCAGCAGGAGCCCACAGCGUAUUUCCCUGCUGUGCAGGGCCCAAGCAGCUUCAAGGUCAAAAGCUGCUAGGCCUUUUCAACUUCUGAGGACCCAACCAGCCCAGCCACCGAGGUGUUCCCUGAGUGGGUGUGCUGGAAGACCUGAGUUCUAUAAGUCAGACCUGCACCCACUCGCUCCCAGCUUGGCACAUAGUAGGUGUGCCCUACGUGGACAUUGGGUUUUCUUGAAUUGAAAUGAAAUCCCAGCAGCAUCACUUACUGGCUGUGUGAUCUCAGGCUGGCACGAUGCGCGUGGUGGUGAUUGGAGCAGGUGUCGUUGGGCUCUCCACUGCCCUGUGCAUCCACAAGCAUUACCAUUCGGUCCUGCCCUUGCUGGAUGUGAAGGUCUAUGCGGACCGCUUCACCCCGUUCACCAACAGCGACGUGGCUGCUGGCCUCUGUCAGGCCUACCUCUCGGACCCCAGCAACCCACAGGAAGUGCAUUGGAACCGGCAGACCUUCGACUAUCUCCUGAGCCACAUCCAUUCUCCCAACGCUGCAAACAUGGGCCUGGCCCUAAUCUCAGGCUACAACCUCUUCCGUGAAGCAUUUCCGGAUCCUUCCUGGAAGGACACAGUUCUGGGAUUUCGGAAGCUGACUGGCAGAGAGUUAGACAUGUUCCCUGAUUAUAGCUAUGGCUGGUUCAACACAAGCUUGAUUGUGGAGGGGAGGAGGUAUCUACCAUGGCUGACUGAAAGGUUAACUGAGAGGGGAGUGAAAUUCUUCCACCGGAAGGUAGAGUCUUUUGAGGAGGUAGCAAGAGAUGGUGCUGAUGUGAUUGUCAACUGUACCGGGGUGUGUGCUGGGGCAUUGCAGCCAGACCCUCUACUGAAGCCAGGCCGGGGACAAAUUAUUAAGGUGGAUGCCCCUUGGAUGAAGCACUUUAUUCUCACCCAUGACCCAGAGAAAGGCAUCUACCAGUCCCCAUACAUCAUCCCAGGGAUGCAGGCAGUGACCUUGGGAGGAAUCUUCCAGCUGGGGAACUGGAGUGAGGUAAACAACAUCCAGGACCACAAAACCAUCUGGGAAGGCUGCUGCAGACUGGAGCCCACACUGAAGGAUGCCAAAAUUGUUGCUGAAUUUACUGGCCUCCGGCCAGUACGCCCCCAAAUUCGGCUAGAAAGAGAACGGCUUCACUUUGGAUCUUUAAACACAGAGGUCAUCCACAACUAUGGUCAUGGAGGCUAUGGGCUCACCAUCCACUGGGGUUGUGCCAUGGAGGCCACCAAGCUCUUUGGGAAGAUCCUAGAAGAAAGGAAGUUGCUCAGCAUGCCACCACCGCACCUCUGAAAACACUGCCGCCCCAAGGACUCCCCAUACCCCUCAGCCAACCAAUCAAUGUUGCCCCCCUCCCCAGCUGUCACUUACCCUCCAAUUCUACCCUGGUUCCUUUCUGCAAGAAGCACAAGAUGAGACGGAGGCAAGUUGGGCCCUACUUGGGACUCACUCUGAUCACAGGCGUCUCUACCCACUCCGGGAUGCACAGAAUAAAGAACAGCUGGGGGCUGUUACAUUCUAAGUCCUCAGAAGAAAGGAAAGCUCAGAAAAUCAAAGGGGCCAGCAGAAAAUUGAGGACAGUUGAGAUUAGGUAACUUGAGGACAAAUUACAUUAACAUAUUAAAAAGGAUCUGAAAAGUCCUGCAACAAAGACAUCUAACUGAUGUUCUUUCAUCCGGACCUAAACUUAUUUAGCUAUGGAACCCUGUUUGCCCAGAGCACUGAUGCCACAGAGUGCACUUGAGGGAAGCCUUUGAUAGAUCUCAUUGUAGGAAGUCAUAUGCAGAGCUGGAGUGCAGGGAGGCAGAAGAGGGAAGGCAUUGAACUAACAACAUGAUACCCAUUUGACAUCCGGGAUUCCCAACAGCAUCAGCGGCCUGCUGAAUGGUCCCAUAGUAACCCCUAAGGAGGGGCCGCCAGAGGUUUCAUCACACAAGGGACUGAACUCACCAAGCAUAAUCCUUGUUUAGGGGCAGAUUUAAUGAUCUCUUCUGUUCUGACUGGUACACUCUGAGAUGAUAAACAGACUUCCGGAUGUUUCUGAAAGCCUUAAGUGAACCUAGAGGGCACCUUAGCUACUUUAUCUCUAAUUAUCUGUAUCAGGCUCUGGGGUGGAAUUUGCAUCUGUCUGGGUUUUUGAGAAAGACCAGAACCUGGAGGAAGCCUUCAUGCACUUGGGACCCGUGGCACCCUAUGUGCUGUGACGAGGUCUUGAUUGGCCCACAUCAUGCCGUCUACAUCCAUGCCAUCUCUAUCUGCUCUUUUCCACGCUGUGCCACCUGGUGGGGUCUCCAUGAAGCAUCUGCCAUGAUUUUGACUGAUGCUGAGCUAAGGAGAGUGAGGGAACCAAGAUCUGUUAGAGUUCCCAUCCUAAUCAUAAGAAUAAGAAUAAAUUAUUAAUUAUUAUUAUUAUUAUACCUAAAACAUAUUGCCUUCUCACUGGGCAUCAGUACUCAACUCUUGCACACAUUACUCGUGUAAUGUGCAGUCACACACACACCUGCCCACAAAGUAGCUCCCAUUCCCAUUUCACUGGUGAACAAGGUACAGAGAGGCAGUUCUGGCCAAUGGCUAGGAAGGAGUAGGAAGGAGAUCGAGAGCCAGGCGUUGGGUGAUUCAAGUGCCCCACUUCCAACCAGUGCACAACACCGAAUCCCGGGCUGGGAUGUGAAGAUCCAGCUAUGGAGGAAGCUGCUGAGUAUUCCCUUGACUCCUUUAGAAGGAACUAGCUCCCUCCUCCUCAGAGCCUCAUUGGGUCAAGUCUAGGGUCUCGCCCAAGAUUGGUUGGGGGCAUCUCCCAGUACCGGGAGUGGAACACAGCAUUCAGUAUUGGGCCAAAGUGAUGACAUUUUAGAUGACAAUCUAAAAUUCCCAAGGGAGAGAAACCCCUACCAGUCAAGGCUAGGUGGUCAAGCAGGAACCCCAUGGAACUUAGAAGACAGUGAACUGACAAAAAAAAAUACAGGGGCCCGGAAGUCCACCCUACACCCUUCCUGUUUUCUUUGUAAAUGGUAAGAACCUCUUUGCAAUGUGGUUUCCACUCCAUUCUGCUUGAAAUUCAGAGCAGAAGGAGCAUGGGGAACAUUCCCCAACCCACGUGACGUUGGAGGAGGUUUAGCAAGGCUUGAUUUCUCCACCUUCCCUUCAGCUGCCAUUCCUGCUCUCUUCCUGAAGGUGAUCUAUGACCAUAUUUUUUGAUGAAUUCUUGGCAGCUUGAUGAAUUUAGGGAAUAUUAUCAUUGCUUGUGGAAUCGCCUCAGCGCUUUUGACGAGAAUCAAUUGACCAUAACUAUAUGGGUGUAUUUUUUGGAAUUUCAAUUCUAUUCCAUUGAUCUAUGUCUAUCCUUGCGCUAGUACCACACUAUCUUGAUUACUGUAGCUUUGUAAAAAGUCUUACAAUUAGGAAGUGUGAGUCUUCUACGUUUAUUCCUCUUUCUCAAGUGAGAUUUUUUUUUUUUUUACUCUUCUGCAUCCUUUGUAGUUCCAUAUGAAUUCUAGAUCAAUUUGGUGGGUGUGUAUUGAUGAACACCUCAACAAUAGUAAGUCUUCUGAUCCAUGAACAUGGACUAUUUCUCCAUUUAUUCAAAUCUUCAAUUCCUUUAAGUGAUGUUCCACAGUUUGUAAAAGGUUUGCCCUCCUUUUGUUAAACUUAUCCCUAAGAAUUUUACUCUUUCAGACAGUAUUGUGAGUGGAAUUUCUUUCUGAUGAAUUUAGAAAGUGUUCUGUUCUCUGGCAUGGUGGGGGGAAGGGGAUUUGAAGUGGUUCAUCAUUGAGUAUCUUGAUUAAUCGUGAGUAUGUGACAUAUCUAUAUGUUUAAAUGUCACGGAAGCAGAAUACGGCAUUGUACCACCAAUGACUAAAGUCUGAUUGAAACCACUGAAUCUUUAAAGAGUGAGAAAGGGCUUUCGGAUUGGUGCUCUGUACGCCUCCCACAACUCUCUGUAUACUUCCGUUAGGGCUCACAUUGUCCUGUAUCACAGUGAUCAGUUUAUGCCUGUUCUCCCCACUGCACCAUGAGUGCAUGAAGAUAAGGACCAUGUCUUCUUCUUUUUCUGGAUCCUCAGGAUUGAGUAGCAUGCCUGAUACACAUGUGGUAGAUGCUCCAUGCAUACUGACCACAUGCCAUGACCACAUGCCCUGAUCCAUGAUGAAGUUAUAAUGAACAGACACAAGAGUUGACAUACAUGUUGUUGUGGAUUCCAGAAAGGGCCGGCCAAAGCCACUUCUUGAAUCCACCCAUUCCUGACUCAACUUCGUUGGAUCAAGACUGGAACCAACAUUCAUCUGGUCCCAUCAGCUGCCUCUCUUGAGAAUUUGGAAGUGGUGCCCUGAACAACUGAGUCAGAUAUGUUUGCAGAGCUGAGUCAGGGUGAAGGGAAACCAUACGCAUGAUUAAGCAUGUACAGCAGCCAUAAGGAGGCAGAAGGAAGCCAGUCUGUAGAGGAGGGUGGAACCAGGCCACAGCUCCAGAGAGGGGGCUGCCUUGGGCUCUGGUGGUUCCCUCACUCUGGUUUCAUUUUUGAAGCCAGACUGAACUUUAUUUAUGAGAUUUUUCUAACUUCUCAGAGGUGCAAACUGGCAACCCAUCAGUGAAACUUGGCCCGCAGGUGAAUUGAUGGGCUCACACAUCGCAUAAAUGUUUUUGAUCCAACAUACUAAAAUUGGGAAAGUUCAUAUAAAAAACCAGAUUCCAGUCUUGGAAAUUGGAAGCUCCCACCAUGCAACAAAAUCAGGUAGAGGUGAGCAAUAGAUGUCCCCUUUGGAGGGGGUCUGUGCUUCUCACUCUGCCACAAUUCUUCCCUUUCCCUGUUGUUCCUUACACCUGUUCCACUCACUUAUGUUCCCUGGCUGUCCCCAGGAGGAAAUUCACUAUUGAUCCCAGCCUUAUAAUAAAGCUGUACUUCUUCAUUUGAA